UGCUGGCUGCGCACUGCUCUGGACGGGGCGAACCAACACGUUGCGCAACUGUCGCAGGACCCCAGGAAUGGAGUUGCCAAGGCUGCUUCUGUAGACAUCGGUUCUCUCAGUGCAGUUUCGGGCUUGUCUUUGGAGAGACUUGAAAGUUUCCUUUCACAGAGAGUCUACGGAGGUGAUGGGCCACUCCCGGGGCGUCCUCUGGGAGGCAGCAAGGUCUUCCAAGUUAAGGUAAUUUUUUGACAUUGCCGAAAUUGUUGAUCCUAGCUACAAAUGGGAAUUUGGAGUCACUCUGAAAUAUAUCCUGGAAUAAUUGUGUUAGACUGGAACUAAAUCUUAUGAAGUCUCCAAGGAUGAGAGUCUGGGCUAGGUCAGUUUUGCUGUCACACUGGCUCUUUCUGGCCUACGUGUUAAUGGUGUGCUGUAAGCUGAUGUCCGCCUCCAGCCAGCACCUCCGGGGACACACAGGUCACCACCAGAUCAAGCAAGGGACCUGUGAGGUGGUCGCAGUGCACAGGUGCUGUAACAAGAACCGCAUUGAGGAGCGAUCACAAACGGUCAAGUGUUCUUGCUUCCCAGGACAGGUUGCUGGCACAACUCGGGCCCAGCCUUCUUGUGUUGAAGCUUCCAUUGUGAUUCAGAAAUGGUGGUGUCACAUGAAUCCUUGUUUGGAAGGAGAGGAUUGUAAAGUGCUGCCAGAUUACUCAGGUUGGUCCUGUAGCAGUGGCAAUAAAGUCAAAACUACAAAGGUCCUGACAGCUUCCCCUGGGAUCAUUUCAGCCUAA